AUGAGUGUCGAAUGCGAAAAAUUCGUUGCAAUGGGCGACGGCCAUGUGAGCCAUGCGAAGCUUUCGAACGGCGUGGGUGCCCGUCGGUCCUUGUUCUAUCUUAAUAUUUACCCAAGCAUAGAUUGUAAUUAUAAAUCGACAAGAGGGCAGAGGAUAGCCGGGGCACCUCGAACCAAGAUCCUAGAAGAUCGGCUGCGUCGUGCUAGAGCAUUGAUCUCCAAGCUUCAGGCUCAGAAUCCCUCCGCUCAACUAAAUCAUGAGGUUAACAGCAUUUUCGACUCCCCGCCAGGCUCACCAUCUUCUGCCCAAAGCCCACCGGGUCCAACGGAUGACAGCUCUGGAGACCAUCUGGAAAACAUGAUGGACGGAAUGGGCCGACUAACAUCAACUCCAACGUCUACCGAGUACUAUGGUGGGGGCUCGGGUUUCGCGUUUCUUCAGCAGACUCAACAGUGGUUCAAUCGAGACUCUAUUGGACGGGAGAGGCCCGCCUCUCACCAACUUCCUGCUGAUGUUAUGUCAAGGCUUUUCGAUUCUCCACUUCCAGAUAAGCAAGCUCUGGAAAUAGAUGUUCAUUUUUCCCAACUGCUGCCGUCCAGGCAAACAGCAACAGAGCUUCUUCAUGUCGUCUUCGGACGGGCGUAUCAGCUGUUGCAGUUCCUCCACGAGCCGACGUUUCGGAAACAAACAGAUCGGAUCUACGAUCUGGAUCCCAUGGAUUUGGAAGAUUCCGAUCAUGAGUUCCUGCCAUUGUUCUAUUCGGUGACCGCUCUGGGUUACCUAUUUCACCAGAAAACGCAUGACAAGUAUGGGUGUAAAGGUGCUGUCAAUCAAGCGAUGCGCCACUUUACUGCUGCUCGACGAAUGGUCAAUCUCGAUCAGUGUCGAGACGUCCGCACCUUACAGACCCUGUUAUGCUUUGUCCUUUUCUUGAUGUCGACGGCGCGACUUGCCACGGCUCAUACACUCGUUGGUCUGGCUGUUGCUGCUUCAAUGAAGAUCGGUCUUCACUCCCAGACAUCGUGUGAUGGUCUCUCUCAAUUAGAAAAAGAUAUUCGCCGACGCGUAUUUUGGACAAUAGUGAAACUUGACAUGUAUAGCGGCACGGUCCUCGGUCUUCCUGGAAUGAUCAAUUUGGACUAUGUGGACCAACUCAAACCCAGCGGUCUCACUCAGGAUUAUGCAAGCGAACACCAAGGCCGAUUCGUGUCAUUAUCUGCCAGGAGGAUGUUUGCUGCCUCGGCUCAGCACCUUGAAGUCUUGAUGAUCAUCGGUAAGGUGGUGCGAAAGCUGCACCCCAAGACCGAUGAAGAGGCCCACCAGGUGGGUCCAGCGAAGAAGAUCUAUGUUGGUAAUGCUACCAUUGCCGAAAUAGAGGACGACUUCAAAUCCUGGAGAAAUGGACUGGUGGAUGCCCUUGGUUCACCGGAACACGAUGACUCACUGAGCAGUGUUGUCUACGAACUGGAGAUGGUCCAUAACUUUGGCCACAUCCUGCUCUACCGGCCCUUUUUGCACUAUCUAGCCAAAACUGAGAGUGAUCACCCUCCGGACCCUCGUUUGUUGCGCUGCGCAACAUCGUGCGUCAGGAUUUCGAGGCUCACAAUCUCACGAUCGGACGAAAUGCUCCGCCGGGGAUUUCUGACACCAGCAGCAUGGCAAUCUAUAUACACCGUGUUCUUAUCCCUCGUCACCCUGACAUUCUUCCUCGCCACACAACGCGGCAACAAAGAGUAUGAGGCAAUCCAGAAAGAGACCGAGCUCGGCAUCCAGAUCCUCGCCACUACGUCGUGCCAGGACAUUGGUUCAAGAAGAUGUCUGGAUGUUUUGAGAGUUCUCACAAGGCUGUCGCACAUUACUGAUCUUGACGUCGAUCGUAUCUCAGAAGGGGCCCCAUCACUUUGCAAAAGCUUCCGCCACCACGGAGAGGGGAGACGCAAUUCGGCAAAGGGGUCGGCGCGUGGGAAUGCUGGCGCUCAGCUUCCCACACCCGAUCGACAUGAUAGGCACGCACCCACCAAGACGGCGCCAAAGCCAACCAGUCAGCGCCAAUUUGUACAUCGACCGCAGCCACGGGCGCAGCCAACUUCGCAGCAGAUGCCACAGAUGCCUGUACACCUGAGCAAUAUGUCGAUGUAUCAAUCGCCCUCAAUGCUGUACCCGGCGCACGUGUCGAUCUGGGAACAAUCGAUGUCAGUUCCGAACGCUGAACUAAACCAAUACAUGGGGAGGCCACCUUUCCCAUAUGCCGCAUCUCAUCCCGGAUCGGAGACGAAGAGUAAUGAAUCAUUUGGACGGCAGUCGGAUAUGGAGAUGCCUUACACAGAGGGAUUUGCUUGGCCAUUUGAGAUGGUGGCAGAGUCGGGUGGAGAAAGGCAAGUGGGUGGGACGGCGGGAAUCACAACCAGCUCGGGGCCCUCGUCCACUGACACCGCAGGAUAUUGCGGCAUUCAUGCAAAUCAAACCCGCCGAUAA